GGGUUGCAGAUGUCACGUGACCGUGACGUCACACUGCGGGGGUAGGUAGAGAGUCAGUUUGUUUACAUGCAGUGGAGGAACAUGCACAGGAUCUUCACUUAGGAAUGCUGAGCUUUAGAUGAUCGAUGAAAAAGCCGCCUAUUCCCAGCUGACCCCACAUCGCCUUGGAACUGGAAUUGUGCCAAGGACGAUGAACUCCCUAAAGGAACACCCCACCUAGUCAACGCCCAAUCCCUCAUCAUACCUCGUCGUCUUUUCCCUCUCUACCUGAAAAUACCUCUUGCAGAAUCAUUCCCAUCCGUUCAAAGCAUCCUGCUCCCUGACCAAGCAACGAGGAAAGAGGCCUCCAAUUCUAAGUGGAUUUAUUUCUUCGUUUUCGUGGCUGGAUGGAGAUUUUGUCUUGGAUCGCUUGAGUCAUUUUUGUCUUGAGUUAAUUCUUCGUGGUGUUGAUCAUUCCUUAGCCUAAGUGCAUGUUCAGUGUUUUAUUAUUUAAUAGUUUAUAGCUUUUCAGUAUCUAGUCAGGUGUGAAUUUAUAUGUUUUCAGAGAUAGUUUAUUUUUAUAAUUUUUUAUUUAAAUGUUAAAAGUGCUUCUUUGUAGAAUAUUAUAAUGGAGAAGCUAUCUGCAAUUUCCUCUCGAUCUGACUCUCCCGUGAAGAGUGCACGGAAAGGGGAUCAGAAAGUUCAGUUUUCUGACGAUGCUGAAUUCAGACUUCAGGGCCAUAAAGUAUGCGGCAAGCCCCCCGAAGUACCUCGUGCUCCACCGUACAGCCGGAGCAGUAGUCGUAUGAGUGGGAGUAGCAGUAUUAGCAGCAGCAGUUGCAGUAGUAGUUCAAGCACAGGUACAAGGUUUAGCAGUAGUGCUGGAAGCAGCAGUAACUCUGCUCAAGAGCGGGGAAAUAGAUUGGGGGAUAGUUCAUCCAGAUGGACUUCCUCGUUAGAUCGUAAACGUGCCGGUUCUCUUCGAAAUAAGUCGUCGGAUCGUCCCCCGAAGAGUGAUAAUAGUCGUAGCCACUCCCUCGACAGGAGAAGAGCUGACAGCUCGCGUCGAGAAAGUGCCAGUCCCGUUGGUUCGAGCUCAGAGAGGAAGAGGAGGGAGUGCGAUGGGAAAGAUAGUCAGAAUAAAGAGAAGAAGCCCAAAACUAGAACUGGGGGCACAGCCCACAACAGAAGCUAUUCUGGGGAACGUCCAAAGCUCCCAGCUCGUCAGAAGUUGGCUCCUCCUAGUCUGCCCCCAAGUGGAAAGGGGGACCAUUCCAAAAAGGAAAAUAUUUUUGAACAAAAAGUGCCAUUGCAGACUGAAGAGAAGAAGCCUGGAAGGUUUACCAUGGAAUGGGCACAAAGAAUGAAACGAGCAGCAUCGAGAAGCCCAAGCCGCAGUCUCAUUGAGAAGAGUGGCAAAGAAGAUAAAGAAAAUGUCAGCAAUGAGAAAUUAUCAGAUAAGAGCAAAGACCAGAAAAGUCAAGAAAAGAAAGAAAGAGGAAGAUCCUUGAAGAGAGAAAACAGAAAUGGCAAAUCGAGCAGCAGUGGAAAGAACAAAGGUGAAGAUGUGAUGACAAUCAUAGGAGACGUUAUGUGGUGGGGAUCGGGCAGUAGGAAGACUGGUUACCUGUUGUUCAACUAUGCUAACUUAGAAGAAACACCAAAAGAUUGUACAGCGUCUAAGUAUACGAUGACGUUCAAGUUUUCCCAGGCAGAUUCAAAGCUGAUAAGAAUGCUGUUAGAAGCCCAUGGGUUUUCAGAGGUGGACUCCUCCAGCUCUUUCUUCAACUUGUACUGGGGGAAUGCCCAUUUCAACCCCAAUGAAAUUCGUCAGCUUCAAGACUGGCAGAAAGUGAAUCAUUUUCCAAGGUCAUCUGAAUUAACAAGGAAGGACCGUUUGUAUAUGAAUAUCAAGAGAAUGCAGAGGCAGUUUGGAGUGAAGAUCUUCGAUUUCAUUCCGACAAGUUUCAUUCUGCCGACUGAAUACAGAGAUUUCUGUGACACCCACCUCAGGGAAAGAGGCACCUGGAUUGUGAAGCCUGUUGCAUCUUCGCAAGGCAAAGGGAUCUAUCUUAUCAAUCAGGUUGACCAGGUACCGGCAGAUGAGACAUCUUUGGUCUGUAGGUAUAUUGAUUCACCGCUGUUGGUGGAUGGGUACAAGUGUGAUCUACGACUGUAUGUAGCCGUGACGUCACUGGACCCCUUGGUUGUGUAUUUGUAUGAGGAAGGCUUAGUGCGGUUGGCCACGGUCAAGUACCAGCAUGGAAAGAACCUUUGGAACCCUUGCAUUCAUCUCACAAAUUACUCCGUUAACAAGUUUCAUUCAAACUAUGUACAAAAUGAAGACCCUGAAGUUGAUGAUCAAGGGAACAAAUGGUCCUUGAGCGCCUUCCUUCGACAUCUCAAAAGCCAGGGGAUUGACACGGGAUCCAUGAUGCGUUCCAUUGAAGAUGUCAUCAUCAAGUCGCUGUUGGCUGCAUCUUACCAGAUGAACACUGCAACAAAUAUGUUUGUGCCUCAUCACAGAAAUUGCUUUGAGUUAUACGGUUUUGACAUACUGGUGGACAAUCAGUUGAAGCCUUGGGUAUUAGAAGUGAACCUUUCGCCGUCCCUCAACAUUGACCAGCCUUUAGAUUUGAAGAUUAAGUCAGCAAUGCUGGCUGAUUUGUUUUCUUUGGUUGGUAUUCAAGUGUCCAACCCUUACACAGCUAAAGCAUCAUCUAGACCGUCAUUUUUCCGCAAGUUGCCUUACUUGCGUUACUCAACAGACAACUAUGAAAGAAGCCACUAUGGACGAGGUGCGCCAAUUGUUCCGAGUGCGGAGGAGUUGCGAAUUGUCAGGCAAGUUCGCGAAGAAUAUGAAAGGAGGGGAGGCUGGGCUCGGAUAUAUCCCACUCCAGAUUCAUGGGCUCUGUACGGAGGGCUUCAGGAGUAUGAUAGCCCUCUCAAUUUAGUCCUCCAUUAUCAUCUGUAUCCUCAGGUGCCACGUACAAAUAGAUAUGGACGAGUUGCACCAGGUCGAGUCUCGGGUGUGUCGAGCAGUGGACUAGCAUCCUCCUUGGAGCGACUCACAUGCUACGAACGGGCAUUACCAAAAGGGCUAGCUUUCUUCAGGAACAAGAAAAAUCUGGGUAAAAAGGAGGAGAAGUUGCCAGCAAAAGAUAAAAAGCAAGUCAAAGCAAGUCUUAUGAGAGCUUUGGAGAAUGGGCUGGCACUAAGCAAGUACCAGGCCCGCAUGGCUUUUUCUGUGUACCUUCAGCACGUGCAACGGAGGCUGAUGAUUGGAUGUGAUGAAGAAAAGCAGACUGAUCUUGUGUACCGUUUCCUUAAGUCUGCCGCUCGUACUCUUCAUAAUCCUUUGAAUGUCCAGAACCCAAGUAAAACCUUACCAUCAGAGGCCCGUGCUGUCGUUAUCUCAAAGCAACUGGGAGAUUUUAUUCAGGCCUACACAAAGGAGACACACAUUUACUUGGACCAAGGCACAUCAGCUUCCUGCUCCUCUUUGUCAUCUCAGUGCCCCACUUCUGUAGCCACAUCUUCCGAGCCAUCCACGCCACACGUAUCAUCUCCUCCAUCUACAUCCACUUUGUCCAUUAAUUCUCCACCCACCUGUUCAUCAUCAAUGAGUGCCUCAACGACAUCCAUCAAUAAUCAAGCUUCCACAACAAGUUGUGGUCAUUCAGCUGCAAAUCAGGAGAGUGAAGCCGAAGCUUCAACUUCAGACAGUGUGACUUUUAAGUCUGCUAUGUCGUCAGUAAAGAAAUCCAAAUCAUUUGCAUCUGUCAGCAGUAGUCCCCUGAUAGCCAAAUCCCAUUUAUCAGUUUCAGUGAGCAGCUGUUCAUUGAUGAAUGGGUCAAAGACAUCAGUCAGUCCGCCAACUGCUCGACGCUACAGUUCAAAUCUGUCGAUCAGUAGUCCACCAUCUACUUGUAUGUCUGGGUCUUACACAUCUAUUAAUAGCCCUCCCAUUAUAGCUUUUUCGCCCUCAUUAACGUCCAUCAAUAGCCCACCUUCAGUUUCAGCAAUGGGUUCCACUACUUCAAUAAAUUUCCAACCACCCUCCAAAACCCCCUCUAUAACAUCACUAAAUUCUGUAACUGAUGUUGCAGUGGAAAUCUCUACUUUACCACCCAGAGUAAGGAGGCUUAAAUCAGAUGGAGAUGCUUCAGGACCUAUAAUAGAGGGAGAUGGCACUAAGAUGUCCACCAGCCUAGAUUCAACAGAUUUACAGAAACAAUCAGGUGAACAAACAGACCAGCAACAGCAAGACUCACAGGGACAGCAGCAACAGCCUAACAAAGAUGAACAUAUUACGAUGGAUUUAUACCGAGCAUUUAUGUCCAAUGCUGGAGAGAGUGAUUUAGAAGAGAUCUUGGCCUUGCAAACACGAAUGCACAACUCUGUUGGCGUGUUUUUAGAAACGAACCGAAAGUCACGCUAUAGUGGAGCAACUGGUGCUGGGACAUCUGCAACCACGGGCCAUCCAGCAACGGGAACCUCACGUCCUCGGACGCCAACUGCAUCGCCUCAUGGCUCUCCUCGAAGAAGUCGACGGUCACCUUCAACUGGGAGUCAGGCUCGGCAAACAGAUCCAGUGACAAUAGAGCCACAGGCUCAAACUUCUUCACAGCCAGCACAACAGCCAGAGACCAAUGGCAAGCAGAGUUCUUCGUUUUCCUCACCAACAACAAACACCAGCACCACUCAGUCUUCUACCCCAGCUACAACAACUGCCUCCACUUGUUGUCUGUUUGGCAAUAUCCUCAAGGCCAGUCUAAAAGGAACCCACGCUUCAUUCAUUUCAUGAAAGUGGCACCAUUUAGCCCUGGAAUUUUGUUGUAAAUUUCUCAUCUGCGUUAAGAUUCAACAGCUUUAUUUGAAACUUGUCGAGUAUUUUAUGACAUUGAAUAAAAUUUAUCAUGACAUUUCUUCAAUUUUUUUUUUUUUUUUUCAAGUGUGCAUGCUCUUUUAAUAAAAGCCCGAUUCCAGAUGAAUUCAUUCAGUCUAAGUUAAGUUAAGGAACUUAAAAUUGCAGCUAUAUCCGUAGGUUUAAGAUUAGCACGAAUGAAAAGCUUUAAAGAAAACGUGUUUUUAGGUACACAAUGUUGUGAAGGAGCUUUGUUCAAUUGUGGAUUGUUGUUGCCAACUCUAUCUGAAGUAGUUUUACUUGAGCAUAAGUGGCAGCAAAUUUUCUUGCUUAAUCUGUACACCAGAAGAAUGGUUUUAGGCUGUGUAGAUGCAUGGUGAUGCCUUCGUUAUUUGUUCCUAUAGGAAUGCAAAGCAUCUCCCUUUAUGUAGAAGUAUUCCUCUACACAGGUUGGCAUCAUUUGAUGAAAUUGGUAACAGUAAUAUAUAUCCACUCACAUGCAAUCAUCAAGAGCUUUUUCUUCGGUUUUUCUUCAGUUAAGACAUAUUGUUUGCUCUGACUGACCAAUAGGCUGAAACUUAUAGCUUUUUUUUAUUUUAAGUAAAGUGUAUUUUGUUUUUAGUCCAGCAUUAUUUGAUAAGAAAAUUAAACAAUGAAUGGUAAAGGAUGAAGUAGGUGGGUGUUUGUGUUUGGCGGCUUUAUGUUCAUGGGUCACACUUGUGAGGGUAAGCAACCAGACCACACACUGUUCAACAGUGCUGACUCGGGUAUUUAUGCCAAGCUCUCCCCAAAUGAAGGAGCAGUCCGUGUUCUUGAUUUGUCAUAUCCUAUCAGUGCUUCUUGGGUAGCUUUACUGGAGUUGUUUCCAUUCAAUAUUCUGAGCAAUCCAUCAUUUGCUACUGCUUUUGCUGUUGAGCCUCAUGUAGCAGUUGUUUUGCUUUUGAGGAAAUUCAAGUUGUGUCAAACACAGGGUUUACUCCUGCUACACUGCAUCCUGAAAAGAGUAAGACUUGUGGAUGGAGUAACUGGAAGAAAUGCAAAAGUGUAUCUUCUCCCUCUUCCUCCUCAUCCCCACACUCACCCACCUAUCAACAAUUAGCUACCUCGUUACCAAGUUUCAAUGACUGAUUGCAGCUUGCGCAAAGGAAUAUGCAUACCUAAAAGGUGAUGGUUCGUUUUCCCUAGGAAAAAUAUAAAUUUUUAAAAAUUUGUGAUUUUUUUCACUCUUUCUAGUCCAAUUUCUGGAAUAUACAUUUUUGCCUUAUUCAUACAUGCUAACAGUGUUAUUCUUCCGAUGGAUAAUUUUUCCUCUGAGCAGAGGAAUGAGGCUAUACAAGAAUUAAUCCUUACUUAAGAAUUGUCUUUCCUAAUAAAUAGGCCUAUAUAUUGUGAUUUAUGCUCGAACAUGUAGGAAAUAUUUUUGGUAGCUGGUGUAACUUUUGUUAGGUUCAAUUGGAAAAUUUCAUUAUUUUGGAAUCACAACUGAUACCUUACCAGUUAUGUCGUAUCACUUAAUCUCUAUUAGUUUGCCUAAUUCUGGUUAAAUGUUUAUUUCUUCCAUUCCUCUUUGAAAUGCAGGUUUCCAUUCCGUCUUUAUGGUGGUAAUUGCUGUCGUUUAAUUUGAGGUUUUGUCUGAAAGUUUGAUGUCGAAACUGUCUUUUUUUUGUUUGAAUUUAUUUAGUUUAUUUAAGCCUGAUGGCAGUGAUCUCUCUGUUAAUAGAGUAGUUUAAAAAGUAAAUGCUUCCGUUCUAAUCUUUUCCAAAUUUUUUAUAUCUUUAGGUCAGUCUUUAAAAAUGGUUUGUUUGGAAUGUGCUAAGCUUGUUUUAAAUAGCCACUAUUGUAUAGGGUUGAAACACAUUGAAUGUAGAUGGUUUUAACUUCACAUUUGGUUACGCAUGAUUUGGGUAAGUUGAACUUCAAAGUGUAAUUGAAGCAAGAUACUGUAGCAUUAGGUGAUGGUUCGUUUCCAGAGUAAUAGAUUUGCCAUGUAAAUAGACUAUUAUUAAUAUUAUAUAUAUCUCUUUUAUAAUGUAUCAGAAAUCUUUUGUUGGUUAGGGAUUAAAAUACCAUGUAAAUAAAUACAGUAAUAUAAAACAUCUAAAGGUGCCAGAAGGUUGGUAAGCUUGAAUGUACAAUAACUUCACAUGACUAUUAAUGACCAGGAAGAGAAUGUACUGCAUUAUUAUAGAUUAUGAUUACUGUUCAGUUUUUUAAUCUAGUUCUGUGGCAGCUCAGUGGUAUUGCUUGACAACUUUUUACUGUGUUGGUCUCAUGUUCAGUUCCUCGAUAGAUUUUUACAGGCACACGGCCUACAUAGGGCAUACAGGCCUACAUGCCUGGGCCCCUUUGGUCUUAAGACAUUGUGCGCAAGUGUAAUGGCGUGUCCCUAGCCUCUGCUACUCAGUAGUAACCUUUAAACUUUCAUAAGUUAAUGAACAUUCAUAUUUGCUAUCCUUAUCAAUAGUAGACUGUUAUGGUGUCUCAAGAUUAAAUAUCGAAUUAAUUAAGCAUUUUAAAAUUUAGCUGUGUUUUGCUUUGAAAAGCUCCUAAAAAUUGCAAUGUUAACAAUUAUUCUAUAACAUGAAUGUAAUUUUGUUGUCACAUUCAAUUUACAUGAUGCUCUACAUGAAAGCUGAUUAAGGAAUCGUAGGCUAUUUUAAUUAUGGUACUGUUUUAUCAGUCAGUCUGUUUCACACUGGUCAUGUUUUUCAGCAUUAAAAAAUUAAAUUACAUAAUAGUUUGAAAUGGUGGGUCACUGUUACAUUACCAUUAAUCAUUGUUUCUCAAGUGAUUGCUUUUAUCAAGUACUAAAUUUUUCUGUUUGAAAUAAUUUGCUUUUUGAUCCUUUGUUCAAAGAAAGGUACCCCCAACUGCAUGGCUUCUACAGAACAUUGUAGAAAGCACUAAUGGUUCUUUGAAGUAUGUGUUCUGUUCCAGAUGAAAGUUUUUAAUUUAACAUUUUAUGUUAUUCACGUUGCCUCUUAACCUAGCUAUGUAAUUUAUUUAUAUAAUUUUCACUCUUUGUACAACAAAUCCUUCAGAAUAGCCUUAGUCAUAUGUUGAAGUGGGAAGUGGUGGUGUGUGUGAAAUGUUUGGUAGUAAUUCAGGUUUUCACAGCUAUGGUUUCCAAUUCAUUUUUACUCUUCGGGGUAUAUUGACUUAAAGGCAAGGUUCUGUAUACAGUUAAUAUAUUUGAUUAAAUACUAAGCAAAGGUGAAGCAUGCCUUCUCUGCGUGUGCCUCUUGCAGGUGUAGACAACGUGAACAGUCCAUGAAAUUGAUUGGUAGAAAAUCCUGUUAUAUAAGCAUCAUUUAGCUCAACAUUUUACACUGCAUGAAAAGGAAGAAAGAAUGUAGCUUUUAUUUAUCCAUUUAAUUUUGUAUUUAAAAUUCAUUUAUUCCUUCAAGUUGCUAUUACAUAUGUGCAGAUGUUUCCUGAGAGUAGGCCGUUUAAAAAUUUAAAAUACCCAAGCAGAAGAUUUUUUAUAUUGGUUGUUUAGUAAUCGUAAUCCAGAGGUGGUUGGUUGAAUGCUGUUGCUAGGUUUGAGUCCUCUGCUGCUCCAUGCUUUCCUUGGCUGAAAUUCCUGUUCUUACACCAGACGCCAAAGCAUGUUGCAGUGUCUUAUAGGUCUCGGUUUUUUAAGGCAAAAGAUAAUUGAGUGAAUAAGGUAUAACAUCAGGUUUAAUCAAGGAAGUGAGCACACUGCAUGACAAGAGCUUUGUCGAAUUACAUGCCAUUUUAGUGACUUACGAUGUGUUAGCUAUUGCAAAUGUGGUAAUGUGCAUCUAAUGAACAAGAUUACCUCAAUGUUUACCAUAACUUUAAGGACGUUGUUUGUACUUGAAUCCGGUCUGGUUAUAUGUAUUUGGGUACAGUCUCAUUAAGCUCCCUGUGUAAUGUUUUGAUGAAAGGAACCAUUUUCUAGCCUUAUAAAGUCAAGUGAAAGUGUAAUUGUUUUGGAAGGUACAUAUAAGAUUUUAUUUUGCUAUUUCAAAGCUUCCUUUGAUUUCAGUUUACACUGGAUAGUUUUGAACAUCUUGUAAUGAAUUCAUGUCAUAUAAGAAUGACAUUUUAACAAUUGAAAUAUCUCUAGUUUUUAAAUGGUUUGGCUUAAUUUUACUUUGUUCAAGUGUUAAUAAACACAUUCAGGGAACAAAGGCCAUGUGACUUAAACUUGUUUUGAGUUUUAUUCUUAAGAAAUUUUUGGUUUUACUCUUAGAAAUUUUUACUUUCAAAGAUUUAUGUUUUUUUUAUGUUGCCAAAAAGUGGUUUAAAGGUGUAACGUUAUCUGAGACAUCCUUCUCGUCAUCGUAUACAAGUGUUUUUAUUUUUUUCUAUGGUAUAUGGUGGGUAAGUGACACCCUUUGUUGAGAGUACUUCGACGUGUCCCUUUUCCAGCGCACUUUACCACUAUGGAAGGGUCUGGUGAGGCAUCCUACUGGCCCACAACUCUAUAGGUUUCUUCCAACUUACUUAUCAAGUCCCAUUUUACUUCUCAUUUAAGAACAAAUCUUGUGCUUUUGGUACAAGGACUGACAACAGUUCUUUACUAGCAAUACACCUUAAUCAGGUUGUAUUACCUUAACUGUAUUCAUUUGUUAAUGAUUGAUAUUUUCUUUUGUGAGAUACAGUAGUACAUAUAUGUUUCAUUAAUUUUGUUUCAUAGGAGUUCACAGCUGUAAGAGGUGAACCUGAAGAUAAGAUUGUAGUAUCAUUUGUGUGUAAGCUUCUAUUUUAUAAUUUAAAAUCACUAAGGUUGAGGCAUCUUCAUUAUGUUCUUUUAACUAUAAAUGACGACCUUUUCUUGUAUUUUUUACAUUGCUGUCUUUCAGAAUUCCAAAUUUUUGGUACUGUUUUAUUGUAUCACCACAACUUGACAUUGAAGUUUUUAUGCUGUGCUUUUAAGUCUCUAUGUUUAAUACAAAAAUCAUACUAAAAUCUUGCAAAUUUACUGCUACAGAGAUUCGCCAUCUAUUGUUUAUGUUUUAACAUUCAUUCCCAUGGGACUUGGCACUCAUUGGAGUUGUGGUAUUAAAUUAAAAAUGUACCCAAAAUUUUUAUGCUUUGCCUGAAUUGAAAAGCCUGGUGCAUCUGUUUGUUAGUUUUGUGAGCUGAUGUGUUUUUUUUUUCUCUUUUGCAUAAUGUGAUGGUUUUAGUGUCAUUAUUCUUAUUCUUUCUUAGAGCAUGUCAAUUGACAGGCUACUGAAAGGGCAGAAAAAUUAAACUAGACCAAUUCAUCAGCUUAUUGCUGGAAUUUCAUACAAUUUUUGGUGAUAAAUUUGUGGAAGGUUACUCACUGAAGGAAAAUUAUUUUAUAAAUUUUAUAGCCAUCAUAUCCUUGAAUCAGUCUGUAAAAUCAUAAUAGAUAGAAGAGGUGUAGAGAAAAUCAUUUGUCAGUUAAUGUGCUGUCAGACAGGAAUGCAGGUUGUAUUUGUUCACAUUAGUUUUUCUACAUAUUGGUGAGGGGAUGCUUUUCUCCAGAAGGAAUGACAAGCUGGUUUUUAACAAUUGGUAAAUGUUUGAAAGCAAACCAGCUACGAACUGUUAUGGUAGGGAAAAGAGGUUUGAUGGGUGGAGUAACUUGCUGCAUUAAAGGAGACUAUGCAAGAAAUGUACAAGGAAAAUAAGUUUUAAUAUAAAGUUCUAAAUUCAACAUGUAACAAAUAUGCAUGAUAUCCUUUAAGUUUUCUCCUAUAAUUUUUUAUAUAUACGUAAUUUAUUAAAAGAUGCGUUCAAAAGAAAGCACAUUUAUGUAGUACUACUGACAUUUUUAUGUCGUCUAUUACUUCAUAAAUCUGAAUUUAUGAAGUUGAAUGUCCCCACACUUUAGUUGCUUACAGGUUCAUUGUUGAUUAUGUCCUGUGUAGUUGAAGGUAUUAGCAAGCCAUAUCUCGGUGAUAUUGAUUGCUAAAUUUGAUUUUUUAAAAGGAAGACUUUUUGCUCCUGUGCCAAAAGAUAAAAAAAUGUAAAGAAAAUGUUUGAUAAUUUAACUUAUUUGUCACCUGAGUUGAGUACCUCUGUGAACUUAUAGUAUGUACUUCACAAAUUCUGUGUAAUGUACUUAAUAUUUAUUAUUUGCAUGUUAUGAUUAAAUAAGUGGUAUUGAAGCAAAGGAAGGAAUGUAUUUAUUGCUUUGAUGUCACUUGAAUGCAACAUUAUACACAGUAUUAAUAAGGUUAGGUUUCAGUUGCUAAUUUUGAGAAGCUAAAUACACUUGUAUUCUGAAAGCAAUAUCAGAAAAUCUUACUAAGAAAUAAUGCAAUAAAAGGUCACAAGAAGUAACAACAGUGCUCACUAAA